AUGCGUCUCGUCUUCUCGUUUCUUUUUGUCGUUUUUCUUCUCUCCGAAGUUUCUGCUCAAGGAGAAAAUGGCAACAACACUCGUGUCACAAACGCAUCUGACACCACAACGACCCCGCGUCCACCAGUGGAUCCCAAAGUGACGCCCGUACCCGUUGUUUCUUCAAACCCAGGAAAGCCGGGCAACGAUUCGACGACCACCACCGGAAAACCGGCGCCUCGCAUCAACUCGACCACUGUGGACGCCAUCAAGACGACCACCACCAGAAAACCGGCGCCUCGCAUCAACGCGACCACUGUGGACGCCAUCAAGACGACCACCGAUGACUAUGAUGAUUACUCCUCUACCAGCAACAUCACCAACAUCACCAACACUACCACUGAUGGCUCGGAGCCGCCGCUAGAGAAAAUGGCGAUUUCAACGAAAAUUGCAUUGGGCGUCUGCAUUCUGGUUGUCAUCAUCUUUGUCAUCAUCGGUUGCUUCAGCUGGAAAUACUACAAGAAGGGUGGCUCCAUUCCAUUCAUCACGAAGCGCAAGGAGAAAACCCAAACUAAAGGCUAUGAGAAGUUGAAGCUUUUUGACGAGCAGAUGAAGACUCAAUCGGAUCGUGCAUCGGCUAUCGAGAGU